AUGCAAAGUUUUAAGCUAAUAAACUUGACAUUGAUCUUGUUUCUGACGGUAGCCAUAGGUCAAGUGCUGUCGCAAAUUGAAAAUAAAAAUGAUGGGAAAAAAUGUAUUUGGUAUGGAAUAUGUGAUCGUGUGCCCAGCGGCAGUGCAGAAAAAAUCAAAAAUUGUCUCGACUAUAAAUCACCAAGAAAACUUGAUGAAUCGGGAGCAAAAGCUUUAGAACAAUGGUGCCCACAUCUUGUUCCCAAGGGAAAGGAUGCCUAUACAUGCUGUGAUAAUGAUCAAAUAAGCGAACUCAACGAAAAUAUAAAAAUAGCUGCGAGUCUUCUAAACCGCUGUCCAUCAUGCAUGAAAAAUUUAGUGACGCAUAUUUGUGAUUUCAUUUGCAGUCCACAUCACUCAGAUUUUAUUGAAGUCAAGAGAACUAAACAGAACAAACAAAAUCAAACCUAUGUGGAUGAGAUUGAUCUGUAUGUAACGGAAGACUAUUUAAAUGGAACUUAUGAGUCAUGCAAAAAUAUAUUAAUGCCAUCGACUGGUCAGAAGGCAAUUGAUCUCAUGUGUGGGCAGUGGGGUGCUGUCAAAUGUUCUCCUUAUCGAUGGUUCCAACAUAUGGGCGAUGAUAAGCCGGGAGGUGAAGAUAGAAUUCCAUUCCAAAUGAACUAUAAGCCAAUUAAGUCGAGUGAUGUUAUUAAGGCUGAUAUUAAGCCACUGAAUCCUUUUUUUACGCCAUGCAGUCAGUCUGUUGAUGGCAAACCAGCAUGUUCAUGUGUUGACUGUGCGUCAUCAUGUCCAAAAGCUCAACGGCCUGAAACAAAAAUUCAGCAAGAAGAAAGUUCCAAAUACGAUAAACAUUUAAUAUCCAUUUUGUUGAUAUUUAGUAUUGGAAGUUUGUUAUUCAUCAUAUUUGCAAUUAAGACAUCAAAUAGCGAAAUUAAGAAUAAGAGAGAAAACAACCAACAGAGAACUAGCUUUCUUGAAAAAACUGCUGAUAAGAUUGAAAAAAUUCUUGAAGAUUUAUUCACAUCAUGGGGAACAUUUUGUGCUAAGCAUCCCUUAAAGAUUAUGUUAAUUUGUUUAUUAUUCUUCAUAUGCUUUGCAUACGGUCUUCGCUUUCUUCACGUCACAACUAAUCCAAUCGAAUUAUGGGCAGCACCGAAUUCAAGGUCACGUGUUGAAAAGGAAUUUUUCGAUUCGCAUUUUGGACCAUUUUAUCGAAUUGAACAAGUCAUAAUAACAGCAAAAAAUUUAUCUGAGAUUAAACAUCCGACAGCUAAUGGUAUUAUAACCUUUGGACCAGCUUUUAGUAGAGAAUUCUUGUUGAAUGUCUUUCAUAUUCAAAAUUCGAUCAAGAAAAUUGACAAUGGGAAGUUGAGUGAUUUGUGUUAUGCGCCAUUUAGAAGUCCCUAUAAUGAAAUGGAAGAAGACAUCAGUAAUUGUCUGAUACAAAGCGUUUGGGGAUUUUUAGGUGAUAGAAUAACCAAAAAGUCUAGUUUUUAUCGAGAAUCAACAGUCGAAGGAUUUAAGGAAAAUUAUUUAGAUCACUUCUUGCGAUGCUUUUACAAUGCAUAUGAUGCCACUUGUUUUGCUCCUUAUGGUGGACCAAUCGACCCGGCUGUAGUUCUUGGUGGAUUUUUAAAGCCAAAUGAGAACUUACCAAAGAGUCCUCCUUAUGAGAAAUCUAAUACAGUAAUCCUUACAUUUUUACUUAAUAAUUAUCAGAAUCAAAAAGACAAGGAAGCAGCUAUGGAAUGGGAAAAUAAGUUUGUCGAAUUAAUGCAGAAUUGGACUAAAAAUGAGAAUAUCUCAUCAAUACUUGACAUUGCAUUUACAUCAGAAAGAUCAAUAGAAGAUGAAUUGGAUCGUGGAUCGAGAACAGACAUAAUUACGAUAUUAUUCUCAUACAUUCUCAUGUUUGUCUACAUUGCAUUCUCACUUGGUCAUGCAACUGAAUUUAAACGACUGAUGAUUGACAGCAAAAUCUCUUUAUCUCUUUGUGGAGUUAUCAUUGUCCUUGCAUCUGUUAUAGCAUCUAGUGGAUUCUUCGGAUAUUGUGGAGUUCCAGCUACACUCAUUAUUUUUGAGGUCAUUCCAUUCCUUGUACUCGCUGUGGGAGUUGAUAACAUUUUCAUUAUGGUCCAAACUCAUCAACGAGAACCUCGAAAGUUAAAUGAGACAAAUGAACAACAUAUUGGAAGAACUCUUUCAAAAGUUGGCCCGUCAAUUCUAAUCACCUCCUUAAGUGAGUCAACUUGUUUCUUCCUCGGUGCCUUGACUGAUAUGCCAGCUGUUAAAGCUUUUGCCCUUUAUGCUGGUAUGGCAUUGUUGAUUGACUUUUUGUUGCAAAUUACUUGUUUUGUCAGUUUAAUGGCAAUAGAUGCCGAACGUCAAAAUGGCAAUCGUUGGGAUAUUUUGUGCUGUAUUCGUGCAUCUAAGAAAAAUUCCAGUUCCAAUAAUGAACAUAAUGAGCGUGUCUUAUACAAAUUCUUUAAAAUAUUUUAUGUGCCAUUUUUAAUGAAAAAACCAAUCCGAAUUGCUGUCAUGCUGGUUUUCUUUGCGUGGCUAUGCUCAAGUAUUUAUGUAAUUCCAAAAAUUGAAAUUGGACUCGAUCAAGAAUUAUCAAUGCCAAAGGAUUCAUUUGUACUCAAAUAUUUCCAGCAUUUACAAAAAUAUCUUUUGAUUGGUGCACCAACAUACUUCGUACUUAAAGGAGGCAUGAAUUUUUCAAAUACAAUUGAUCAGAAUUUAAUUUGUGGUGGACUCAACUGUUAUUCUGAUAGCUUGUCAACACAAGUUUACCUAGCAUCUCAGAUACCGGAAUCAACUUAUAUUGCGAAACCUGCAAGUAGUUGGCUUGAUGAUUAUUUUGAUUGGAGUGAAUUAAGUAAUUGCUGUAAACACAAAAAGUCCAAUGACACAUUGUUCUGUCCACAUACAUCAUCUAAUUGUAGAAACUGUAAAAUUUCACAUAAUGAGUUUAAUCGUCCGGUUCCAAAAGAUUUCGAGAAAUAUGUUAGCUUCUUCACUGAAGACAAUCCUGAUUCAUCUUGUGCGAAAGGUGGUCAUGCUGCCUACAAAAGUGCAAUCAAAUUAAAUGAAUAUAAAACAGUCGAUGCAAGCUACUUCAUGACUUACCACACAAUACUUAAAACAUCACAUGACUUCUAUGAAGCACUCAGAUCAGCUCGAAAAAUAUCCGCAAAUAUCACAAAAACAAUACAAAGCUCAUUGCGGUUAUCUGGUAGAGCAGAAUCAGAUAUUGAAGGCAUUGAAGUCUUUCCGUACUCAAUAUUUUAUGUGUUUUAUGAACAAUACUUAACAAUGUGGUCAGAUACAAUCCGGAGUUUAGGAAUUUCAAUUUUGUCAAUAUUCAUCGUUACUUUUGUGUUAAUGGGAUUCGACAUAAAACUAUCAAUGGUUGUGGUGUGGACAAUUACAAUGAUAGUGACCAAUAUGUGCGGUCUUAUGUAUUUCUGGAGCAUCACAUUGAAUGCUGUAUCACUUGUUAAUCUCGUGAUGACUGUUGGAAUUUCUGUCGAAUUUUGCACACAUCUUGUGCAUAGCUUUAGAUCAUCAAAUGAGAAUACAAGUCUUGAAAGAGUUAAAGAUUCCCUGACAAGAAUGGGCAGUUCAAUUUUCUCUGGCAUCACUUUGACAAAGUUCGGUGGAAUUUUCAUUCUUGGCUUCGCACAAAGUCAAAUUUUCCAAGUAUUCUACUUUAGAAUGUAUUUAGGAAUUGUUCUUUUUGGUGCUGCUCAUGGACUGAUAUUCUUACCUGUUCUUUUGACAUAUGUUGGUGGACGUAAGAAAUUAAAUAAUUCAAAUCCAUCCCAGUUUUGUGAAGCAGAAGUGCCUCUACGUGACAUGAGUGAAUUUUCUAUUGAAAAUUCCAAAACAUGA